AUGUUGUGGUCAUUAAUUCAAAAGAAUAAAAAUGAUAUCAUAUAUUUAUCGUUGUUACUUUUCGGUGUUUUUAUUGGACCGUAUUAUAGAAAAAUACAGGCAGUGGAAGCUAAGAAAUGGGGAGGUACAACUAUAGGCUUAACUCUCAUAUUAGUUGUAUCAGGAUACAGCGCUGUUCAUCCUAUUUUGUCCGCUUCUUUAGGUAUACUCGCUAUAAAAGCGUCUACGUUAAAAUAUUGCCACAUAGUAACAUUCUUCUUUAUGUUUGGCUAUUUAUUCUUCUUUCGAUUAGCUGACAAAUUUGGUUUCUCAUUAUCAUCGGGACACACGAAUCUCAUUGAAAUGAUUAUUGUUCUGAGAGUAGUGGGUGUUGCAUUUGAGAUGAACGGAUCCUGGUUAGCCAUGGCAAAAGCUAAGAGAAAGACUGAUGACGUAGUAGAACCUGUUAACAAAGACGAAAGGGAUGAUGAAUUUCUAGAGCUAAUUAAUCCAGGGACUCUUGAUCUAUUUCAUUAUACCUUCUCUUAUAUUGGAUUGUUAACAGGGCCAUACUACAGGUAUCGAACUUUUGAUGAUUAUUUUCACUUGCCAUUUAGUAAACAUGUGGAUUGCUUUAGCUUUACAAUACAUACGCUUAAAAUGGUGCCAUUCUAUGUUGCAUUAUACUUGGCUUUGUCUAAUGUCCAGCCAUUGGAGUACCUCUUGACAGAGCACCAUAGAAAUAGAAGCUUCUUAUUAAAAAUUAUAUAUCCAUGGAUUUUGUUUACGGCAUUCCGUCUCCGAAUUUAUGCAGGAAUGUCAUUAGCUGAGUGUGUAUGUACUUCUGCUGGUCUUGGCGCAUACCCUGUCCAGGCAAAGAAUAGGACUGGACAUGGACCCACCGUGGGAUACUUGAAAUUAAAACAAAUGUCUGAUGACCAAGCUAGGACGUCACAGUAUGAUUUUAAGACAGUUGAGUCGAUGGAUGUGGUGGGUUGUGAGGCAGUUGUGACUCUAAGAGACUCCAUGAAAGUUUGGAAUAAAGCUGUUCAGUAUUGGGUUGCAAUGGUGGUUUACAAACGAUUUCCAAUAAAAUCACUCAAAAUUCAUGCAGCGUUAUUCGUGUCCGUCAUCUGGCACGGCUUGCAUGCUGGAUAUUUCUUCUGCAUUUAUUUCUGUCCAUUUUAUUUGAUGGCUGAAGAUAUCUACUACAAGCUGUACUAUAAAGACGCUACAGGAACGAAAAAGAAGAUAAUCGGUUUUAUUAUGUGGUUCCUUCGGUCUAAUUCAGAAUCCUAUCAAGCAGCGGCAUUUCUCUUGCUUACGUUUGACCGAAUAUGGAUUUACUAUUCCUCAGUUUACUUUUACUGGUAUGGCGUGUGGCUUGCUUUCUUAAUAGUGGGCCUUAUCUUGAACCAUAUAGACAAAGCCAAUAAAAGGAAAAAAGUGGCGGUAGAUACAAAAAAUGUUGGCUUAGACAAUUAA